AUGGUGAAUGUACGUGCAAGCGAACGGCAAAAAGCUGCAGGUUCUCCCAAGGUAGAGGUGGGAGAGAUUGACACCAGGGCACCAUUUCAAUCUGUCAAAGCUGCUGUUAGUUUAUUUGCUGAAGUUGUAAGGAAGGGUAAGAAGCCCGUCAGGAAGACUGAACAACUUCCUUUCGAGAAUGUCUUAAACAAGGAGACACGGCUUCUUUUGGCCCAAAGAGAGCUAGAAAGGACCAAGAAAAAGUUGGAGAGUGCUGAAACUACAAAAGCUAAAGCACUUUAUGAUCUGGAGAGGGCUAAGAGGACAUUGCAGGAUUUGACAACCAAGAUCAAUUCUGUAAGUGAAUCCAAGGAGUCGGCGUUUAAAGCUGCAGAAGCUGUGAGGCAGAAGGCCAAGCAACUUGAACAUGAUAAGUCUCAAAAGCACUUGGAAAAUGAUCCGCGGAAACAGGCGUUGAUUCAGGCUAGACAGCAGUACAGGACUGCUGCUACUCAACUUGAUUCUGCAAAGCAGGAGCUUAACGAAAUCCGUCAGGAUUUUGAUGCAGUUUUGGAGGCAAAAAUGGCUGCAUUCCAACAGGCAGCAGAGGCUCAACGUUCAAAGAAACUAAGUUCAGGUAGGGUUGAUGAGCUGCAGAAGGAAAUUGAAGCUAUGAAGGAGGCAACUAAACAGAUAAAGAUUGCCUCUCAACAAAUACGGGAAGACCAGGCGAAGAUUGUGUCUGAGAAAGAUGCACUAAUCCAGUCUUAUAAGGAUGCGAAAAACCAAUCGGAGAAGAACUUGAUUUCCUUGAGAAAAGAAUAUGAUCCUGAACUGACCAGGAGUCUUGAGAUGAAAGUUGAGGAAACAACUGCAGAGAUUGAAGAUUUACAGAAGCAAAUGAAAGAAGCUCAUGCUGCUGAAAUGGAUUCAGUGAGAGUUGUAACUACUGAGCUUAAUGAAGCUACAAGGACACUGCAACAAGUUGCAGAAGAAGAAUGUUCUCUGAAAAGCUUGGUGAAUUCGCUUAAGCUGGAAUUGGAAGAGGUGAAGAGGGAGUAUGCUGAUGAAUUGAAGAAAGCGGAAGCUGCCGAAAAAGAAUCUGUUGCAGAAGAAAAAAUAGAUGCCGAUAAUAAGCUUAAUUCGACAAUCGAACAGCUAUUAUCAGAAACCGAAACUGCAAGAAGAGAAGCAGAGGAGAUGAAAAAGAAUGCUGAAGACCUGAAGCAAGAAGCUGAAAAUACCCAGAUGGUGGCAGAGGAAACGGAGAAAAAGCUACAGGUUGCUCUGUCAGAGCUUGAAGAAGCAAGAGCGGCAGAGCGGAAAGCCCGUGUUGAGUUAAAUCCAAAUCAAGAUUCCGUUGCCAAGGUGACAAUUACAAAGGAAGAGUAUGAAUCUUUGUUGAAGAAAGCUGAGGAAUCUAAAAACUUGACUGAGAAGAAGUUGGCGUAUGCUAUGACUCAGCUGGAAGAGAUUAAUUAUAGUAAAAGUGAAGCAGACCAAAAAUUGGAGGCAAAUUUAAAAGCUAUUGAGGAAAUCAAUACUGCAACAGAGAUAGCUUUGAAGUCUGCAGAGACAGCAGCCGCGGCGCAAAACAUGGUUGAAUCUGAACUCAAAAAGUGGCGCCAGAAAGAACAAAUGGCAUCAGCUUAA